UCAGUUUUGUCAAAAUGUGUCAAAAUUUAUCAAUAAGGCCAUCAUUUUAGGCAUUUCCAUAGCACCAAAAUGCGGACAGUAUGCUUUGUUGACAGAUUAGAGUUAGAUUGUCCUGGAAACCUUUUCAAUCAGGCUCUUGCAAUUGGAGAUGUUGAUAAUGACAAGGGCAAUGAAGUUGUGGUCGGAAAUGUUACUGGACAAAUGCGAGUGUUCAAGCUAACUGACAGUCGGCCAUGGGGAUACUGCAGCGACCUGGGAAUGAUAACCUGUAUUGGUGUGGGGGAUAUCUGCAAUCUCGGAAGGAAUUUUAUUGUUUGUCUUACUGCAGAGGGAAAGUGUCAUAUCUUUGACUUGAGAAGCCUAGCAAAUGAAGUUCCAAACAGUGACUCCAAGGAGAAGGAAAAAGAAACCAUGGAUGACAUUUCAGCCAGUUACCAGAUGAAACCUACAUUUACUCAGCAGUUGGAGGCAAACAGCAGGGUCAUGCUUCUUGGCGAUUUGAAUAGUGAUGGAAAGAUGGCAUUGGUGAUUGGCUACUCUGACCGUGCAGUUCGACAAUUCCAAUGGCAGGAGUCUGAGGAUGAAGAUGCGAGCAGUGUCCUGGGAGGGAAGAUUGUGCAGAUUGAGAGGUGGCAGUUGGCAGGGCAGAUUGGUUCCAUAACCCUCAACGCGUCUCCAGAUGGUAUACAAGAAUUGAUGGUGGCGCAACCUGGUGGGACAUUUGUUACCCUUAUUAAAACUAACGACAAAAAGCCCAAAGAGUCGCCUCCAAGUCCUACAGGAACUACCAAACCUCCCUCACCUGGGAGUCCUACACAUGUCUGUCCCUCCCUUGUCUACCACCCCCUGGGCUCCUCAAUGGCGAGGAACAACUGUGUCUCCUCGGAAGUCGUCGGAGGAAUCAGACGAGCAAAAUCGGAAAGCACGCAAACUUUUUAUGCUGUCGCAACUCUAGAUGGAACUGUGAUGAUGAUUGAGAAUGACAAGAUUCUCUGGUCAUUACAAGUAGAUCAUCAAUUGUUUGGUCUUUCCAAACUUGAUAUAACGGGUAAUCAAAACGAUGAAGUGAUUGUAUGCUCCUGGGACGGACAGACCUAUAUUGUGGAUCAUGGUCGAGAAGUGGUGCGAUUCCAUUUUGAUGAAAACGUGGCAGCUUUUGCUGCAGGUCAUUUUGCUCUCACUGACCAACAGAACAUUCCAUGUCUCAUCUAUGUGACUUUCAGUAAUAAGAUGUACAUUUAUUAUGACAUCACCAUGCCACAGGUUCACACAACGAAUCUGAUCAAGACAAUGGAAAAGGAAAAAGAGUUACCGGAUAUUUUGGCAUGUUUGAAUGUGGACGGCUCAAAUCAAAGUGAAGUUCGGGAAUUUUAUCAUUGGUGCUUGUAUGGAAAUAUGCAGAGGAUUCACGAUACUUGAUGUUACCAAGAAGCCCAUUGAUGCUUGUAUUGAAAUAUGCAGAUGAUCCAUGAUACAUGAUAUUUUGAGAAGCCCAUUGGUGCUUGUAUGGAAAUAUGCAGAGGAUUCACGAUACUUGAUGUUACCAAGAAGCCCACUGAUGCUUGUAUUGAAAUAUGCAGAUGAUCCAUGAUACAUGAUAUUUUGAGAAGCCCAUUGGUGCUUGUGUGGAAAUAUGCAGAUGAUCCACGAUGCUUGAUGUCAUCAGUAGCCUGACAUUCCUGUAGUUCAUGAACUGUCAUAACUUGUACACAACAUAAACAUUGCUGUACAAAUACUAACUACAUGUAUAUUAAAUGAAAGCCAACUAUCUGCUUGAACAAAAGUUGGAGUCUAUUGUUGAGUUAGUUAUCCCUCAGGUCUUGUAAGCCAUGUCUCAAGAAAGGUUCAACUCCUAUGAGCAAGUGCUCGGCCUUGCUGUAUAGUCCAUUCCUCAUGCUAUGGGGCAAUGUGUUGUCCUGGGCAUUCCAGUACAGUGGCUAUGCUACUUGGGUGAAAUCAAGUUGUAGUACG